AUGACGACAUUUUCGACAUUGGAGGCGUUGACGAAUCUCAUCCAAUCCAUACCGGACUGGAACAAACGACUAGACGACCUAAACAGUCAAAUAGCAUUACGACAAAUUGAACUAGGACGCCUGAUAGAUUUCAAUCCUGUGCGCUCCUUGAAGAAUAAAGGUUCCACCGAAUCACUACGACCAAAAGAUGGCGAGGGCAACGAACCCGAAAAUACCACACAAAUACCCUCGCCCCUCGUCGACUCCCUAAAAUCAGCACAAAAUGAAUACAACUCGGAAGCACGACCCAAUUACCCAUCUGUAGCUCGAGCAGCCGCCGCCGCUGCCCUCGAAUACAAUCAAUCCCAAUCCCAAUCUCAAUCACAAUCUCCCAAAUCACUCACCCCCCGAGCCUCCCCCAACGCACUAAGCCGACAAUCCUCGCACCCCACACCCCACACCGGAACCCUCCCACGUACCCCCGCCAUAAUCCGCAAACGCAAAACCGAAUCCCUCGCAUCCGGAAACUCGCAAGCCCCCAAAUACAGAACCCGAUCCAUGAUAAUCGUAUACUACGACAGCGCCGUCCAAACCGCCUUUGAAGACCUCGUCAAAUUCAUAAGCGGAAAUCGCAAUGCCAUGCGAAAGGGGAAAAUGGCCGCUAAAAUGGCGGAAAUGAGACGAGCGGCUGAAAUGGAAGCAGAGGAAGAAAGCGAUGACGAAUCGGAAUCUGAAGCUUCGAUGGCGCUGGGUAGUGCGCUACCAAAACCUUCGGCACAACUGAAAGCCUCUUCAGAACCAUAUUCAAAUGGGGUGAUAAUAAAUGGAGAAGAUACGAAUACUAGUGCAGGAGCGAAAUUACAAUUCGUAUCAACGAGAAACAUGGGUCCCACUCGCGAUCGCAUGAAUAUCGGAAAUACGAUGAACAUGCUCAAAGGCUACCGUCGAUCCGGGAGCAGUUCCGGAGCAGGAAGUUCUCCGGAUAUAUUUGAUGAGUUGGAUAAAGGAUUAGAAUGGUGCCAAGGACAAUGCGAACAUGCCGCCCAUCAAUUUCUACGCGAUGGGGAAUGCAACACGGAAAUUGAGAAUAUCAAGAGGAGGCUUGGGGAGGUGAGGGAAAUUGCUGCGAGGAAGAUUGAGGAAAUGAAGAGGGAGGAGGAGAGGGAAAUUAGGGAGAUGGGAGAAAAUGGAAUUACUUCGCCAAUAUCUUAUUCACAUGUGAAUGAGAAGAAAUCUAUCCCGGUACCAAGUUGGGUCCCAGAUGGAUCGCUAACGUUGGAGGUUGAUAACAAAAUGGAAGUCGACGAUGAUGAUAACGGUGACCAUAAUAAUCAUUUCGAUCCGAGAAAAUUGUUCUUCAAGCGAUCGGGUGAUGUAGCGUACUAA